AUGGACUCGGACGAAGAGGACGAUUUCGAGUGGAGUGUCGAGAACGAGGAAGAGUUCUGGGAGGAACUCGACGACAUUGUCACGGCACCGAGCGAGACCCACGAGGAGAUUGACGACGUAUUGAGGAGGUUCUUGGGGUUCACGACGAGGUUCAAAGAGGCGUAUCUGCAGUCCGAGUACGAUGUCGCGAGGUGCUGCUAUCACUUGCUCGAUGCGCCGCUGUCGAAGCACAAUCGGGAUUAUGUGAGGAGGCAGAUUCUGUAUUGCUUGUUGCAGGAGGAUGAGGUGGAUACACUGCAUCUGGCCGCGGCGCUGCUGCUGUUCGAUGGGCGGUCGAAUGAGACGGCUUUUGAGAUGAUGCAGACUGAGGGCGCAUUUCCACGGCUUGUGGAGCUGAUAAGAGCGAAGAGGGAUGAUGAUAUUGGAUUACACCGGCUGCUACUGGAGUUGUUGUUUGAGAUGUCGAGGAUACAGAAGCUCUCGAGGGAAGACUUGACGAUUGUGGACGACGCCUUCAUCCUUUAUCUGCUGCAGCUCAUUGAGGAGCUUUCUGACGAUGCGGACGAUCCAUAUCACUACCCUAUCAUCAGGGUACUGUUGGUCUUGAACGAACAGUACAUGUGCCUUGCGAAUGCAACGAUAUCACCUUCAGAGGAGAACGGGCCGGUCACCAAUCGAAUCCUCAAGCUCUUGUCCAUGCACGGACCGUCAUAUCGGACAUUUGGAGAGAACCUCAUUCUUCUGCUGAAUCGUGAGUCGCAGCUGGGACCUCAACUCCUGAUUCUGAAACUGCUCUACCUACUAUUCACGACACCUUCGACUUACGAGUAUUUCUACACGAACGAUUUGCACGUCCUGGUCGACGUCAUCAUUCGAAACCUUUUGGACUUGGAUCCCGGAAACCCAGAUUCUGGCCUUGCGCCGGAUCAGGAUGGGCAGCGUGCGCUGAGACAUACGUACUUGCGCGUGCUGUGUCCGCUUCUGAAGAACACGCAAUUAGCACGCGAGGGCAACAACUACAAACGAGAGGAAGUGCGGAAGCUCCUGUUCCUUCUGGUCAACAGAUCUUCGGCUCAUUUCGCUCCUGUUGACGAGACCAUCAUUCGACUCGUGAUCCGCUGCAAGCAGAUCGAGUGGCUCAGGGAAGAAGACGAUGAACAGGAUGAACUAAUCGAGAAGAAGCUGGCUGAAGUCGUUCCAAGCGAGUCGGUGGUGGCCAAGAAAUUGCUAGGUAUGUCAAUCGGAGAGGCAGCUGAAAGCAGCCUAAGCGUGACGGAGGUUUCGGCCAAAGUCACCAAAGAGAAGCCCAGCGUUCCAGCCCCCAGGCGGAGGCGGAAAGGCUCGAAACCUGUUGGCAAUGGCGACAAGGCACACGUCAAUGGCACAAGCGGGAGUGAUACUCUGAAAGUGCCACCGCUACAGCCCAUGGCACUAGGGGAGGACAUUUCGCGCGAUGAAACGAGGAGUCCAUUUUCAGAUGACAAUGCGGAGACAUGA